AUGUCGCUUCCCGCUGUCUCCCUGGCCUUCAUUUCUACGCCCUGCCCGGCUCUGCGCGUCGCUGCCCCUCCGCGUCUCACGCCGCGGCGCCCGCCUCGCAGAAGAACGCCGAGCCUUUCGCUUGAUGCCGACGAGCAAGCCGCGAGCACGCCCUUCCCCCCCGCCGCUCCCGCCGACGAGAGUCCCAAGCCUCCCUCACCGCCCGAGUUGGAAACCCCCGCCCCGCGCUCCUGGUUUUCGCGCGUGCUCAACGAUGACCAAUUCGAUGACCUGCGCACAUUCACUAUGGCUUUCGCUGUCGCCCUCCUAGUCCGCGGCUUCGUAGUCGAGCCGCGUUAUAUUCCCAGCCUCUCCAUGUUUCCCACUUUUGAUAUCGGCGAUCAGUUCCUCGUCGACAAGGUGUCAAAGUAUGUGCGUUCGGCAGAGACGGGCGAUGUCGUCGUCUUCGAGCCGCCACAGGCUCUAAAGGAACGCGGGUAUAGGAAGAAGGACGCGUUUAUUAAGCGCAUCGUUGCCCGGGGGGGCGACAUCGUGCGCAUCACAGGGGGCGAAGUCUAUGUUAAUGACCUGCGGAGGGAGGAACCGUUUAUUAAGGAACAUCCCAAUUAUGAAUGGGGGCCGGGCGAGGUGCCCGCAGGUUUUGUUAUGGUGCUUGGCGACAACAGGAACAAUAGCUACGACUCGCACAUUUGGGGUUUUUUGCCGGAGGAGAACAUCAUCGGGAAGGCCAUGGUUCGCUACUGGCCUCCGGCCAGGGUCGGCACUUCUUUUUAUGACUAGCCCCGCGUGUGCGUCGGCAUUACCCGAGGGGACCGUCGUCAGCUUGUAUCGCGGCGACGGCGCAUCUUCAUCCGAUAAACAGUGUGCCUUCCGU